UAAUUCUCUUUCCUUUUUCUUUCCUUCACACUAUCUCCCUUCCACAAAGUUAAAAAGCCCACACGAAAAAUCAUUCGCACUCCGAACCAAGGGUUUUAAGCUUCCGGAAGCAAAACCCUAACCCCCCCGCUCCUCUCGUCAUCGAAUCUCCCCCCCUGGACCGAUACACACACUGUGAUACGCAUAGCGUUGCAUACACAUUCGCUGCAGCUAAUUUAAUCUCGCAUGCAUGGAUUCCGACGCCGCAGACCCUCCUAAAACCCUAACAACAAGGCACAAGUGCUCUGCAUGCUUCAAGCAGUACAAGAAAAAGGAGCAUCUUGUUUCGCACAUGAGAGCCUCGUACCACUCUAUUCAUCAGCCGAAGUGUGGGGUGUGUCAAAAGCAUUGCAAAACCUUUGAAUCAUUGAGAGAGCAUCUCACUGGUCCUCUGUCAAAAGAAAAUUGUUCAAGGAUCUUUGCUGACUACUGUUGCAGCCUCUGCAUGAAAUUCUUUGACAGCCCAGCUAGUCUUACCGAGCACAAAGAAAUGUGUCAACUGCCUGCUCCUGCUCCCCUUGGAACACUGGUAACGCCCUGCACGGAAUAUGAAAUUGAUAUUUCAGCCUCAGACAAUGGAUACUACGCCAGAAGUCCCAGAGCAGUCGCAUUAGAUUGUGAAAUGGUCGGUGGUGAAACCGAUGGCUUACUAGACCUUUGUGCUCGGGUGUGCCUGAUUGAUGAAGACGAAAAUCUGAUUUUCCACUCUUAUGUUCGGCCUGAAACACCUGUCACUAAUUACAGGUACGAAAUCACUGGUAUAACGGAACAUCAUCUAAGAGAUGCUAUGCCACUCGAGGAAGUGAGUGAACAGCUUCUGCAAAUCCUGUACAAUGGAGAGUCCAUUGGAAGACUAAGGUGGGAUGGUGGGAAUGCUAGGCUUCUCGUGGGUCAUGACAUACAACACGAUUUGCAGUGCUUGAAAAUUAACUAUCCUGAUCGCUUGGUUAGGGACACGGCAAAAUACCGUCCAUUUAUGAAAACAAAUCUUGUCAGCCAUUCACUGAAGUACCUUACUCAGACAUACCUAGGGUAUGAGAUACAGGCAGGGGUGCAUGAUCCAUUUGUAGAUUGUGUUUCUGUAAUGAGGCUGUACAAGAGGAUGCGCGCUCAAAAUCAUCACGUCGAAGAGUUGGGGACAUUCACUACGGCUCAAAAUACGCAAAAUUCGCUACCCACCAGUUUGGAUUCUUGGGAUUUCGAGAACCUUGAGAGUAUGACCCCAGAUGAACUUUUUCAGAUUUCGAAGUCGAACUACAGAUGUUGGUGUUUGGAUUCGAGGCCGGAAUUGAAGGAAGAUGAGGAACUACAUGUAGGGAGAGGCGAAUGUGCCCUGGACUCCAACCAGGAGUCACAAGCUUGGCCGGACUGGCCUCAGGCUCCAGGAUUGAAAAGUUUGAUGACCAAUAUUACGUGGAGCUGAGAAACCAUUUGUGUUGGUUUCUUUGUGAAUACUAUUUCGGAGCAGGAUGUUAACGUGGUAAGAAAUGACCAUUUCUGCUAGUUAAUUUCGAGAAAGCUUCCCAUCUGGAAAAUUUUCUUCAAUGCCGCUAUGAUGCGGAAGAUCACAAGAUUAUCGAGUUUAUGGUAGUAAUAUAUUGCAAAAUUCACCAAGA